UGCGGAAACAAACUUGAAAGUCGCCUAUUGGAGCAUCGCCUUUUGUGAAAUAAGCAUCCGCGUCCGAGACCGUCACCACGGAGCAGAGCAGGGGAGGGACCGAGAGAGGUCGAAGGUUCGGCGAGCCCAAAAGCCGUGGAGGACAAACAACGGGGGAGCUCGACUCGGCGCGCAGGAGUGAGAGGAUCGGAGGAUGUGGUGCGCCUCGUGCUUAGCGUCCGCGUGCGCGGGCUGCGCCUGCAACCUCUGCGCGUCGGCGGCAUCGGCCGUGCCCCGCCGCUCCGCGCGCCUCGCCUACUGCGGCCUCUUCGCCGCCUCCCUUAUCCUCUCCUUCCUGCUCCGCCAGUUCGCCGCGCCUCUCCUCCAGCACAUCCCAUGGAUAAAUGCAUUUGAUCAUACACCACCAGAAGAAUGGUUUCAAAUGAACGCUGUUCUUCGCGUAAGCCUAGGGAACUUCUUGUUUUUUGCAAUAUUUGCUCUCAUGAUGAUUAAUACCAAAGACCAGAAUGAUCGGCGAGAUGCAUGGCACCAUGGUGGCUGGAUUGCAAAGAUUGCUGUCUGGGCUGUUCUCAUUGUUCUUAUGUUCUGUGUUCCGAACAUUGUAAUUACUAUUUACGCAAUUGCAGAGAUACUGUCAAAGUUUGGAUCUGGUUUGUUUCUUCUAGUGCAAGUCAUGAUGCUUUUAGACUUCACAAACAAUUGGAAUGACUCAUGGGUUGAGAAAGAUGAGCAAAAGUGGGAAAUAGCUUUGCUGGUAGUAACUGUGGUUUGCUAUAUCUCUACAUUCACCUUCUCUGGUUUGCUCUUCAUGUGGUUUAAUCCCUCUGGUCAUGACUGUGGACUCAAUGUGUUUUUUAUUGUCAUGACACUUAUUCUUGCUUUUGCAUUCGCAAUAGUUGCUUUGCACCCCCAGGUCAAUGGAAGCGUUAUGCCUGCUUCUGUCAUUUCCGUUUACUGUACAUACCUGUGCUAUACUAGUCUCUCAAGUGAACCAGAUGACUACGAAUGCAAUGGGCUUCACAGGCAUUCCAAGCAGGUUUCAUUGAGCGCUCUUAUACUUGGGAUGCUCACUACUGUGCUCUCUGUUGUGUACUCUGCUGUUCGUGCUGGAUCGUCCACUACGUUUCUUUCACCACCAUCGUCUCCUAGAUCUGGAACCAAAAAUCCAUUACUCAGUGAUGAUAAUGUGGAGGCGGGCAAAGACGAUAGCAAAGAGAGCGAACUGCGCCCCGUGAGCUACUCAUACACCUUUUUCCACCUCAUCUUUGCCCUUGCAAGUAUGUAUUCAGCCAUGCUUUUGACUGGCUGGACGAGCGCUGCUUCAGAGAGCUCUGAGCUGAUGGAUGUUGGAUGGACAACUGUCUGGGUGCGUAUCUGCACAGAGUGGGUUACCGCUUCAUUGUACAUCUGGACCCUCGUUGCUCCACUACUCUUCCCAGACCGGGAUUUCUCCUAGGCGCCCAUGACCACGAGUUGUUUCAUAUUUCGAAUUGGUUGUAAUAUACCAAAUUUGGGGUUUGAACGAGCUGGUAGCAUUGCAUGCAGUGGUAGGUUUCGUACCUGUUUGUGUGGCCUUGUAAUAAAUAUAUUUAGACAGAGUGUUGGCUGUGGAUUAAUAGUCAUUGUUAUAUGCCAAGUGGUCAUUGACAGCUUGGAUCUAAGAGAUAUUGAUAUUGAAUUAUCAAGGAAAAGAUAUACUUGAUCAAAUAA